UUCUGAGUGACCUAUUGCACUGCGUUAUAAACACACUUGCCUGUGAAGACGCGACGUUUUCACUCGUUUUUACUUCAUUGCCCGGCGCUGGCCGCGCGACGCCCGCGAGGGAAACUACAACUCCCAGCAGCCCGCGAGGCCGCAGUUGGAGCUGUUCCAUUCCCCGAUAUCUGGGGGGGAGCGCUCGCCACCCUUCCGCUCCUCCGCAUUGGUAAAGCGGGAGCGGGCUGUACCACGCGGGCGGCGCCCCCCGGCGCGGAGCGUGGGCGGAGCCCUGAGGGCAGCGCGGGAGCGGCGGCGCCGGGCGGGGAUGGAGCGCUGCGAUGUGGGCGAGCGGCGGCGCGGGCCCAUCUGGAGCCGCAGGGCGGGGGCGGCCGCACCGCGGGGAGUUAUGGUGAACAUCAUUCACAGUGUCCAAGGGUACCAUUCAAAGACAAUACAUUUUCUGAAUGUGGCUUUUGACAGUUCUGGGGAUUCUCUCCUUGCUGGAGACCGCCAAGGGAAUAUAUAUGUUUUUGACUUGAAUGGGAACAGGUUCAACCUUGUUCAGAGAACAAUGCAGGCUUGCACUGCUUUGGCAUUUAAUCUUCGCAGAAAGACAGAGUUCCUUGUGGCUUUGGCAGAUUAUUCCGUUAAGUGCUUUGAUGCAGGAACCCAGGAGCUAGUUAGUUGGAUGAGAGGCCAUGAAUCUUCUGUGUCUUCCAUCUCUGUCCAUGGCUCAGGCAAGUAUGCCAUCACUACUUCCACUGAUACAGCUCAACUGUGGGACUUGGACACCUUUCAAAGAAUAAGAAAGCUGAAUGUUCGUCAGUCUGUGGGUAUACAAAAGGUUUUUUUUCUUCCAUUGAGUAACACCAUUCUCAGCUGUUUCAAAGAUAAUUCUGUUUUUGCAUGGGAAUUCGAUACUCUUCACUGUAAAUACCAGUUGUCAGCUCCUGUAGAAGGUUCUGUAUUAUUUUAUAAGGUGUUUGCUGUUACCAGGGAUGGUCGGACUUUGGUAGCUGGUGGGAAAUCAAAUCAUCUUCACUUAUGGUGUUUGGAAUUAAAGCAGUUGAUAAGAAUAAUCCAGAUGCCAGAGAAAGUGCGAGCUGUCCGUCACCUGGAAUUCCUCCCUGACAGUUUUGAUGGGGGCUCCAAUCAGGUCCUUGGAGUGUUAAGUCAAGACAAUAUUAUGAGAUUUAUCAAUAUAGAAACAUGCAAACUCCUUUUUGACAUUGGGAGUCCUGAAGAGGGAAUUAGUACAGCAGUGAUUAGCCCAAAUGGACGGUACAUUGCCUCAGUAAUGGAAAAUGGAAGCCUUAACUUAUACAGUGUCCAAGCUUUGACUCAAGAAGGAAAUAAGCCUCCACCAUUCAUGUUCAGAGUUGUAGAAGAUGGGCCCAAGUACACACCAGAGGCAAAUAAACUGAUCACAAAAGUGACUUCAGGAAGGUCAAAACGGCCAUGGAAAUCCAACCAAAGAAAAAUUCAAAGCAGAUUGCUAAAACUACAAGCAAAUACAUCACUUGAAAAUAAAGAGAAUGAAUUGCCAGGUGGAUUAAACAAGAAACGUCUGCAGGCCUUACUGAAAGGAUUUGGAGAAUAUCCAGCUAAGUACAGGAUGUUUGUUUGGCGUUCCUUAUUACAACUUCCUGAAAACCACUUGGCAUUCAGUAGCCUGAUAGAUAGGGGAAUCCACAGUGCCUUCAUAAAUAUUCAGAAAGAGUAUCCCAUCAAAAGUGGGAAACUGCUGAGAGUUCUACAGAGGACCUUGUCAGCUCUAGCUCACUGGUCUGCUAUCUUUGCUGAGACACCUUACAUGCCUUUGCUGGCAUUCCCAUUUGUAAAAUUAUUCCAGAACAACCAGCUGAUCUGCUUUGAAGUUGUUGCUACAGUAGUAGUUAAUUUUUGUCAACACUGGUUUGAGUACUUUCCCAAUCCUCCAGUUAAUAUCCUUGGUAUGAUGGAAAAUGUUUUGGCACAUCAUGACAAAGAACUACUUCAGCAUUUAAUAAAAUACAAUGUGACUUCACAGGUUUAUGCUUGGCCUCUCCUAGAAACACUAUUAUCUGAGGUUCUAACAAGAGAAGAAUGGCUGAAAGCCUUUGACAAUAUUUUCUCCAACCAUCCUUCAUACUUUCUAAUGAUUGUCGUUGCCUAUGUUAUAUGUUCCAGAGCUUCCUUGCUCCACUGUAAUCAAGCAGCAGAUUUUGAGUAUUUCUUUCAUCAUCGUAACAACGUGGACAUUAAUGUUGUGAUUAAGGAAGCCUAUCAUCUUAUGGAGGCUACACCUCUGGAAAUCCAUCCACAGCAUAUGCUUGAUGACUUCACACCACUUACAAAAGGACAGUACCCUGUGUUUAAUAAAUAUCCCACGUUCGUUGUGAAUUAUCAAGCUCAGAAAUGGGAGAAGAUCAGACAGGAUGAAAUUGAAUACUUGCGAGAGAGACAAUUAGCACAUGAAUCUGAAGCCAAAGCACAGGAACAGAAAGCAGAAGAUGAAGCCUGGUAUCGAAAGCAGAAAUUACUUCAAGAAGCUGAAGAACAGAGACAAAAAAUCCUACUGGAAGAAGAGAAGUUGGCAGAGCAGAGACAGAGGCUUGCUGUUGUGAAAAGAGAACUGAAAGUAAAGGAACUGCAACUUUUAGAUGCUUCAAGAAGGCGUUUUCUGAACUACCAGCAAGAUCAGGUUCAAAUGGAACUGAAACGUCUCAAUGACGAAAUUGCAAGAAAGGCAUCUAUGAGACAGCAGGAAACAAAUGCUAUCCAAGUUAUAGAACCUGAAUCACAGAAACAGCUUUUUGAACAGCAUCUAAUCAAAGACCAAGAGGCAGUUACAAAGGAAAUGAAAGAAGAGAUGGAAGCCCAUCGAAGAAAGAUGGAUCUGGAAGAUCAACGUGUUCAGAGAUUGACAGAAAUAGAUAAAGAAAUACAGAAACUUCAUACAGUGGCUGAAGAAAAUUUAGCCAGAGCUGAGCAGAAGCACACCGACACCGACGGGAGGCUGCACCCUCAGCGGAGACCCGGGCGCGAUGACCAGGACCGGGUGAGGCACUACAGAGAGAUUGUCAAGCUCCUGCAUGACAACAGGGUGAAAGAAGCUGAACUGCUGAAGGCCAUGAGGGAGACAGAAGGAAAAAAGCAGGAAGAUGUUGUACAGAAUAAAGCUCAACUGGAGGAAGAGCAGAAGGCGGCUGCUGCUGCAGAUGGGCACAGGAAGCAGUUCUUAGAUGACAAAAUGAAUGAUGAGUUAGAAUUGGCUGAGAAGCUGCAGAGGGAAGAUGGCUGUUUUGAGAGACUGCACGAUUUCAAGGCCAGGUGUACAGAGAGGGGGAUAGAUGUCCAGCAGAUGCCAAGGUCUGGAAGCAUCUGUCUCAACGAUUUGUCUACAUUAGCAUCAUCACCACACACCAGCAGACGAGCAGAACUGGCACGCCAGGAGCGGGAGCUGAUGGCAGAAGUCUGGCGGCUCAGACGAAGGCUCACCUCACGGGCCCAGGCCAGGCACCCUCCAGCUCGUUCCCCAGCUACAGCGUGGUCACCUUGAGAUGAUUUGCUCUGCACUUUAGCUGCACUUUCAAAUUAUUAAUCAGUGAAAAGCUAAAUAUGUAUAGUGUGAUCCAGGAGGGACCGUAGACUUAUUGAAGGCUUUUGGAGAUAUUUUUAUAUAAGAAAAAAAUCCUAGCUAGAAAAUGUGUCUUUUGUUUGUAACCUUCUUGUUAUUUUUUAUUUAUAAAAUAAACUCAU